AGAAUGAAAGGCUGUAAACUCUUCAGCUUGCACCACUCAUCCAAUUCUAUUCCUUAGCUCUCUCUCUCUCACUCAAUUUCUCUCUUUCUCUCUCUAAGUUAUCUGCACAAAGAAUGGAAGGAGAAGCUGCUGCCGCUGUCCUUCAAGCUCUAGUUCAAAACCUCAUCGACCUUUCCAAGAAAGAGAUCUCUCAAAUCCGAGAUCUCGACAAAGAUGCAGCAAAGCUAGCAGGGAAUCUCGACAUGAUCAAAAAUUUCUUGUACGAUGCCGAGAUGCGUAGCAUCACCAGCAAAGCUGUCAAGAGCUGGUUGAAGAAGCUUGAAGAUGUGGCGUUCGAUGCUGACAAUGUUUUGGAUGAACUCAACUAUCAUAUUCUCACCAAACAAAUCAAGCCCAAGAAGACAAAGGUACCAUCGUGCUUCUCAUGCUUCAACCAUAUUUCACGUUCUCGAAAUAUGGCUCUUAAAAUCAAAGAAAUAAAUGAGAAUUUGGAGUCCAUUAACAAAGAGGCCGCCGAUCUUGGUCUCAAAGGGGAGCUUGCAAAUGAGCCCACUUUGGUUAUUGCUACUUUGGAAACUAAUUCAUUCACUGUUGAUCCAAUUUUUGUUGGAAGAGAUGAUGUUGCGUCGGAAAUAGUUGAGAUGCUUACCAAUAGCAUCACAACUGAUGAACGCGCAGUUUCCAUCCUUCCCAUUGUCGGGAUGGGGGGAUUGGGGAAGACGACAUUGACUAGGAAAGUCUUCAAUCGUCUCAAGGAUGAGAAUCGGUUUGGAUCACAUAUUUGGGUGCAUGUUUCUCCAAAUUUUGAUCCAAUCAUUCUUUACAAGAAAAUUCUCGAAGAAUUGACUUCUGAUAAAGGUGAAAAUGAGAGUACGCAAGCUAUUCUUUCAAAGCUUCAAAAUGCUUUGAAAGACAAAACUUAUCUUCUUGUACUCGAUGAUGUAUGGAAUGAAGAUCGUUCCAAAUGGGAAUAUUUUAUCAAUUCUUUGUUGGGAGUUAGUUCUGUCAAAGGAAAUGCCAUUGUUGUUACCACGAGAAGUACGGAGGUUGCUUCAAUUGUGAAUCCACUACAUAGACAUGAGUUGAAAGGUUUAUCGGUGGAAGAUUGUUGGUCGAUAAUCAAAGCUAAAACCUUUGGAGAAGAAAAUGUUCCUUCUGAAUUCGAGGACAUUGGGAAAAAAAUUGCAAGCAAAUGUCAAGGUUUGCCGUUAGCUGCCAACGUAGUUGGGGGUGUUCUGCACAAUAAAUCUGAGGACAAAUGGCGUUCAAUCGAGGAGAAAUGGCUUUCAGCCGAUGAAGGAGGAGAUUAUAUCUCAAAAAUAUUGAGAUUGAGCUUUGAUAAUUUGUCUCCGCCACUACUUAAGAAAUGCUUUGCGUACUGUUCGAUGUUUCCUAAAGGCUCCGGAAUCAUCAAACAGAGACUGAUUGAGUUGUGGAUGGCAGAAGGUUUUCUUCAAGCUGAUGGAAGGGAUGAGAUGGAGUCCGUGGGCGAAAAAUUUAUCAAUGUUCUUCUACACAACUCUUUACUGCAAGUUUCAAAGAGAGAUUUCUACGGAAAUGUAAAAGAGUGUGGCAUGCAUGAUCUUGUGCAUGAUCUGGCUUGUUCUGUUUCAAGUUCCUCUAACAAUACGGGUGGUAGCAGCCGAGUUCGAUACAUGACUCUCAAAACAGAAGAAUCAAGUCGUAUCUCAAAAGAAAUGGCAAAAUAUUUGCGUACAUUAUUAAUAUCAUAUAGAUGUGAUAGUUCUGGUAUCAACUUCUCAGACUUCGAAAGUCUGCAUGUUUUACGUCUUGACAAUGGAGUUGAAGAGUUGUCAAGUUCGAUUCGAAAGUUGAUACAUUUGAGACAUUUUGACAUUUCAAAGACAAGAAUUGAAUAUUUGCCGGAUUGGAUUGGUGAAUUCUUUCACUUGCAGACGUUGAGAGUAGACUCAAGAUGGUUGAAGAAACUGCCAAGUACGAUUAAGUACUUGAUUAACUUGAGGCAUCUUUAUAUUACUGAGAAGGUAGAGUUGCCUGCGGGAAUCGGGCGAUUAACGUCUCUUCAAACGCUAACGCAUUUUCCAGUGGGCGAUGAGAAUGGGUGCAAAAUUGAAGAGCUCGGAAGUUUGAAUAAUCUUAAAGGAGGGCUACGGAUUCGCAAUCUCGAAAGGGUUCAUGACAAGGAAGAGGCUCGGAAAGCCAAUUUAUUCCAAAAGUCAAAAAUAUUGAAGUUGCGUUUGAAAUGGGGUGAUGAGAGAGAAGGUGAAAGAAAUGAUGAGAAUGUAUUGGAAGGCCUGCAGCCUCACUCAGAUUUGAAGAAGUUAAAGAUUUCUGGAUACAAAGGCAGUAGGUUUCCAUUAUGGAGUCUGAAGAUGGCAGUUGGAGAUGUGGGACUUAACAAGUUAAUGUCGUUAUCACUCUAUAACUGCGAAGAAUGUGAAGAGAUCCCAAUGUUGGGGCACUUGCCCAAUCUCAAGUCCCUUGAGUUGUAUGGAUGGAGCAAUUUGAAGUGUAUAAAUUCAUCAUUCUACGGAAUGGUGAACAAAGAUACACACAUUGUUUUUCCAGCUCUCGAGAGGUUCACAUUGAAAUACAUGCCUAAGCUGGAAGUGUGGGCAGAAAUAGAAGUUUCGGGUGGAAGUGAAGUGAAGCUAUUUCCUCGCCUCCAACAUUUGGAAAUUAAUUUGUGCUUGCAAUUGAUGAGUGUUCCAAGUCAUGUCUCGUCAUGCCUUCAACAUUUGAAAAUCAUUGUAAUUGGUGUGGAAUGUCUCCCAGCUGAUUGGUUAUUCAGUAACAACCAGACUCUCUCUCAUUUGGAAAUAAGUUACUGCUCCAAUUUGAGAGAAUUAGGAGAUAGCGGUGGAGAACAAUCACAAGGAAGCUUCACAUCCCUUCGCGAAAUCUGGAUUAGUGGAUGCAAAGCAUUGGAGCAUUUGCCAUGUGAAAUGCUAGGAUUCUCUCUUGAGAAGCUGUCAUUGGUGGAAUUAAGUAGCCUAAAAAAUCUACCAAGGCUAAUUGACUGCCUCCCAAAAUUACCUCGUCUAACAGAAUUGAGAGUCGAAGGAGUUCCUAAAUUUAUGGCCACUUGUGGUCUUGAGAUUUCGCCUUUUCCCAGCUUGAGACGAAUAAGUAUCGAUGUUAGUAUGGGGGUGGAGACUGUGGAUGCCAUAUUGCAAGGAUGCUGCCACUCGCUUUAUAGCUUGACUUUGACGGGGAUGGAAAGUCGAGAAUGCCUACUGGAAUCAAUUCAACUUCUCACUGCUCUUUCUAGGCUAAAGUUAAAUAAUUUUGGAAUGAAAGAGUUACCUGAAUGGUUUGGGAACCUCUCAUCCCUAAAGGAGUUGUGGUUAUGUAACUGCAAAAGGCUAAGGCGUCUACCCUCUAUGGAUGCAAUGCAUCGCCUCACAACAUUAAAAAAACUAUAUAUUAUGGGUUCCCCGGAAUUAGUGAUUAAAAGUGAUGCAGCUGAUUCUGAAUGGCCCAAGGUUUCCCAUAUCCCCAACAUCAACAUUGACCGUCAAAAAUUACGGUGAAUCGUCAUUUGUCAUUGAGGUGAUUCUAACAAAUUAGGAGGUGAAGCAAUGGAUCAAUGAAGAAGGAUUGAGUGAGUGUCCAUUUUGAUUUGAACUUUUGUUGAUAGGAUUAUAAUGCCGAAAGUUGAAGAGGAUGCAUGUGGAUAUCAAUUUGUUGCAGACAGACAAAGCAUCUCCACUUCUACUCAUGUUUUUAUAUUUAUGUUAUAUGUGAUUUUGUGUUAUGUCUUCCUCUACCUUAUUUUGAUUGAGACUGUAAAUUGCAAACUAAUUUCCCCAUUCUGGUUUAGCAUAAAGUGUUGAAGAUUUGAAAUAA